CCCAAAGAGUAUAAAAGACAAGCUUCAGAAGAGAGACAACAGGACAAGGAAGAAAGAGACUUGAAGGGACAUCUCAGAAGAAGCAGCUUGAACUUCCCUCCUGCCAACGAAGUCAGCGCCAUGGACACUAAAGGCUCAUUUUUCUAUGGCUUCCUUUUGCUGCUGCUCAUCCAGCUCCAUUCCAGCAGAGCCAACCCUAUCUACAGCCUCAGCCCUGCCAAAGAACUGGCCAGCAUGGAGGCUCUGCUGGAAAGACUGGAGGAUAAGUUUGCAAUGAUGGAAGCCCUGGAGGCCAAUCCCGACCUGCAAGAACCCAAAAGCCAGGAGGAGAUCCUGCCGGAACUCGCCGAUGACAGUGACAACCAGAAGGCUGAACCCAGGCUGGCACCCAACACCCCUCUGUCCUACAGGGAGCCCUUCCUCAAGAGGCUGAGGGGGCUGCAGAUGCCCAGGAUGAUGAGAGAUUCUGGCUGCUUUGGGAGGAGGAUUGAUCGGAUCGGCUCCCUGAGCGGGAUGGGUUGCAAUGGUGAGUUCCCGGAGAAAUUAGGAUCAACCUCCCUGGAACCUGCUCUGAAGAAUGCUUUACAGUACCCCUUCCUCCCAAGGUGA